CGCGUUUGCGCACACAACGCUGCACGGCUUUCGCAGCUCCGCAACUUUUAUGUGCCCCUGGUACUCGUUGCGGUAGUUUAUUACAUUUUUAGUGUUUUUUUUGUGUAAAAGUGGUACAAAAUGAGGAUCCAGAGUUUUUUGCGUCAGUGUUUGGGGACAGCCAUAAUGUCCUUCCCAAAGUUCCUCCUAGGCUCUGGAACAGUGUGGCCGUCCUACGCGCUCAUCAUCCUACGAAGCGCCGCUACGCCCCUUUCAGGGCCCAUCAGCCUCUUUGAAGAGGCUCUCAUGGGCAGUCUGCCGUACAUCUCCAGUAUUUUCAUGUCACCUUUCGGUGGACUGAUUGUGGAUAAAUUUGGGAGGCGAUGGAGUGGUAUUUUCACCAAUUUUGUUGUUGCGGUUUCCUGGGUGUUCGUUAUCUACGGUACAACAUCUCCUAUGUUGUUGAUAGGAAGGUGUCUAUUUGGUGUGAGCGGUGGCUUGCUUAUGCAGGUAGCCUGGGCAUUCGCAGCAGAAGUAUCCGAAGAUGCCUGUCGAGGCUUCAUGUCUUCCUUACCAUCAGUCACCUACGCCUUUGGUGCCCUGGUAUCCAUCAUCCUCGGCUGGGUGACGUCCUACCACAAUAUUGCGUAUAUAAACUUCGGGUUAGCGAUUGCGAAUGCGUUUACCAUGUGGUUGUUGCCUGAGACACCGGUCUAUUUGUGUUUGAUUGGAAAACAUGAGGAAGCGUUGAAAUCGCUGUCGUUCUACCGUGCAUCUACGACCAAAGACAAAGCUGUGCUAGACGAAAUGGCAGAAAUUAAAGCCAAUCAGGAAAACAAGCAGAAAUCCGCAACUUUAGUGCCGACUGAAGAACCAGUGACUCACGAUCCUGAAAAGCAAAAUCUGGCAAAUGAAGAGUUUGUUCCUCCGGCGAAACUAUCAGCUUUGCAAUAUUUCCGAAUUUCUCCCGGAGCGCGCUGGUCCUUCAUAGUCGUGACUAUAAUCCUGACGCUCUCCAUCUUCACGGGAGUCAUCGCCAUCCAAGUGUAUGGUGGAACGCUGUUCCUCAAAGCCACUCCAUCGCUGUCGCCUGACUUGUGCGCUGUACUUCUGGCGUCCAUCUUGAUGGUUGGCGCUAUCUCUGGAGCGGCUUGCACGGAUUUAUUUGGAAGACGGAUCUUACUGAUAUCAGCAGCCACUAUAAACGGAGUCUGCAUGGUGCUGCUAGGAGUGAUGGUGCGGUGGCCAUUCGGACCCGAGUGGCUUGUUCCUGCCGUCAUCCUAGUUUUCUGUUUCAUCUUCAACCUUGGCGGUGGCAUGAUACCAUAUGUGUUGUUAGCUGAAGUAUUUGUCCCUGAGGUGAAAGGCUUCUCCCAAUCCAUCAUGAUGCUCUGGCUAUACAUCGUCAACUUCAUUCUACUGCUACUCUUCGUACCAGCCGUCGAAUACAUCGGCCUUGAGGUCGUCUUCUUCGUGUUUGCUGGAUGUGCCUUCCUUUGCACGUUAUGUACUUAUUACAUGAUCCCGGAGACGAAGGGCAUGAACCCUUAUGUUAUUGAAGAAAUGUUUGGGAAUAGGGUUAAGGAGGGAAGAAGGUGGACAAGACCAGUUUCUGAGAAGAAGUGAGUGAAGAUGAGUUUGAAGAUGAGAAGAGAGAAUAUUCUGGAGCAAACCGUCUUACAGAUCUUGAAAGAUUUUCAAAGGUGUAUGCUAUAAAUAACUCAAUGGUUUAUUGUAAUUUAUUUAUGAUCAAUUUCCUAUAUUUGUCUAAUACACGACACUUUUUCAUAAUCUUCAUGAAAAUGUAUGAAGGCUUAAGUUCCUGAAAUGAGCCGAACAAGUUCUACCUAUGUGAUGAAAUGUGAUAAAUAUAACAUAUGUACUUAUAAACUUAAUUUAAUAAAUAAUUUUAAGAUGG